AUGGUACUCCAGAACUGGAAGAACUUGCCUAUCGAUACCAUAUUAAACCAAAAGCAAAUGAACUCAAGGGUCACCUCUGAGAGUGAGACAUUGUAUUGUGUCUAUGUAGUGAUUGGACAAAAACGCUCAAUUGUGGCACAAUUAAUUUUGUGCAUUCAUCUAAAGCGUGUUUCCUUUAAUGUGUUCGGCGAAUCCUUUAAACUUCAGUUGCUGUUUCAGUUACAGUUUAGUGAUUUACUAAAUGUUCAUGUUUUCAUUCUUGGUGAUCUGGACCAGAUUGUUAAUGGACCUGAAGUCUUGAGCAAGUUUUUUGGUGAAACAGAAAAGAAUGUUAGAGAUCUGUUUGCUGAUGCUGAAAAUGAUCAGAGGACUCGCGGUGAUGAAAGUGAUUUGCAUGUCAUAAUCUUUGAUGAAAUUGAUGCUAUUUGCAAGUCGAGAGGAUCAACCAGGGAUGGUACUGGAGUUCAUGACAGUAUUGUGAAUCAACUGCUUACAAAGAUAGAUGGUGUAGAGGCUUUGAAUAAUGUCUUGCUCAUUGGAAUGACCAACAGAAAGGAUUUACUUGAUGAAGCCCUAUUGAGGUGCUUUCUUUUCUCCUUUGACAUCUAG